AUGCUACUACCGCUAGACGCAGCUGGGUUAAAAUACCAACACAUGCUUUUAUUCAUUUAUCGAAGAGCAUGGUUAAUGGGAGCUAUAAAAAAAACAAGCAUUGGCGUCGAAAGACGUAAGGCCUGCGGAGAUUGUUCGGGCGGCAUGGCGCGGGUAGGGGACGCGCUGUAUCGAUCCGGCGCUCGCUCCGUGCCCCCGACCCCGGCCCUCGCCAGACAUUACACGGGCACUCGCAACCCUCACCCCCGCCUCCUUCGGCGCCUACCCCUGACGCACUCCACAUCGCCGACACCCGGGUAA